AUGUUUUCAUUACGUAUUAUAUUAUUGAUGUUUAUUAUAUUAUUAUUAUUAAAUUGUUAUUGUCAAGGUCAAAAUGAAAUUCGUAAUGCUGCUAAAGCUAAAGCUAACAGAAAAAUCAAUAAAGGAAGACAAAAUGUUAGAUUUGUUAAAGAUAGAACUCGUGGAAAAAUUGAUCGAACUGGUGCCAAAAUAAAUCGAAAACAAAAAAGUACUAGACGAAAAAUGCAUGUUAUUAAAAAAGUAAUUAGAUCAUAA